UUGUGGGGAGAUGAUCUUCAGAGUGAGCAUGAAAGACACCUUGUCAAAUACUGUGGGAAUACACCUGUCUUUGUGACCGACUUUCCUGGAAGCCUCAAGCCAUUCUAUGCUCGAGAUAAUGGAGAUUCAACAGCAGCAACUGUUGACUUACUUGUUCCUACUGUGGGAGAGGUAGCUAAUGGCAGUUUACGUGAAGAACGAUUCUCCAUUCUGAAAGAUCGAAUGAAGAGGAAAGGAUUUGGUGAUCAAUACGAUUGGUAUCUCGACUUGGCUCGAUUUGGAGCAAUGUCACAUGGUGGAUUUGGACUAGGGUUUGAUCGUUAUGUACAAUAUAUAUUAGGACUAGAAAAUAUCAGAGAUGUCAUUCCAUUUCCUAAAUUUGUUGGUUCAUGCAGAUACUGAUCAUAGUUGUAGACAGUAGAUCCAAUGGUAAUGGGAAUGGCAUUAGCAUGAAUUAUUCGUACAAAUGUGGGAGUGUGCAUUGUACUUAUCACAUCUUUAUUUUAAGUUAAACA